UUGACUUAAUUAUGUUUGAUUUUGAAUAAGCAGGAUGGUUGCGGUUGCCGAUAGUUCAUAGCCUGUGUAAUAACGUGAUCAUGUGCCUUGGCACCCGUCCUGCAAAAAAACAAAAAAGAAAACCGGUGUGAGCACUUGGAUUUCAACAGAUACGCACACAAAACACUCCCAGAAGUGAGCUGUUUCUGUCACUCAGGUACAGAAGAAGGAAUCCUGCGGCAGAGAUUACAGUUCUGCAUACAGUAGCCAAGUUCAUCAGACUUACAAGGGACUUAACGAGAGAGGGAUUGGAAAGAAAGAAAAAGUGUUUUGGAGCCUGUGCUCGACCUGUUAUCUAGCAACAGGGUUGAACACAGUGCUUGUGCACCAGGUGAGGCACUAUGUUGGCUGAGGAGGUAGAGGGAGCUCAGGCUUCGAAUGAGUGGGAGGUUCGGGUGAAGGCUCACUUCCUGAAGGACCUCUUUCAGUUCAUGGACAGCAGAGAUCUACCCAUUGAAAGGAUACCGCAGCUAGGCUUCAAGGAACUUGAUCUGUUUUUGCUGUACAAGACCGUGCAGAAACUGGGAGGCUUUGAUCAGGUGACGGCGCAGCAGAAGUGGAAGCAGGUGUACAGCAUGUUGGGGGCGGACCCCCGGAGCACCAGCGCAGCCACCAGCACCCGUCGGCAUUACGAAAAGCUCCUUCUGCCCUACGACCGUCACCUGAUGCAGAAGACUCCGCCCCCUAGUCUAAAACGCCCUCGUCACCACAGCCCCUCAUUGCUGGAUGAGGACAGCUUGAGGGGUAGUAAACGCAGUGCAGCCUGCACACUCCCAAAUCCUACACUCACCCAGAGAUCUCCGGACAUCUCUACAGACUGCACAGUAAGGAUCACCCCAAAAACAUCGGACUACCAACCGAAUGGGGACCCACCCUCCUACCACACUCUGUACCCCAACAUUCCACCUCCUCAAACCAACAAUCAACCCCAUGCGCACCCCCGGCUACAUCCCUACCUCCACUCCCACUCCCACCAGGAGCUAAGCUCAUUGGCCCAACGGGCAGUGAUUGACAGGUCGAGGCAGAUUGGCUCCUCCUCUGGCUGCGAGCAGCCGCUAAACCUCAGCUGCUGGGGGCGUGGGCGGGACCCCGUGGGCCGACGACUGCCUUCCUUCACCCUGCCCACCGACAAGAAAGUGCCCAAGUUCUUGAACCGGGUGUCCUCCCUGUAUCAAGCCUGGUGUUUUCAAGAGGGAAAUGUGUACAGGUUGCCGAGUAACCUGCCAACUAGAGAAGCUGAACAGACUCAACUGGAAUUUGAGUCCAUUAGUGUCCAGGAAAAAAUCAUUGACCUGACCACCUCCAGUGACAUUUCUCUGUCCUCCCCACCCCCUACCAACACUUACCUCUACCCCCCACCCCCACUGAGAAGCACCUGUGGCCCACCGGACAUCACCGUUAACAAGACCCAAGAGCGGAAAUACCCCCUGCAGACAGGAGAGGUGGAGGGGCCCUUCAAACUCAACCAUUCCUUUCCCAACCCCUCUGCCGGCUCCUUGGGAAAAAUGCAGACAGAAUUUGCUUCGCUUCUGCUCAAAGCCAGAGUCAGGGGAGCAGAGGGAGUGGUGACAUCAUCAGGGAAACAGUGGUGUCAACAGGGCGUCACGGAACCACGCCCCACAAAGCAUGAUGAUGCGUCCGAGCUGGGAUUCUCAUUUCGAGAUCCGGACAGGAGGAGCUCGUUUGGGGAGUCUGUACACUGGAACGGUAUCGUAAAAGGAGAGGAGAGCCUUCGUCCCGUUCACCGGGGAUCGCUGUGUGACAGGUGGCAGGACAGGGAGCCAGUGUCAGAUCGCCAUGGUAACGCCCACUGGCCGCACCCGUGGUGCAGAGACCCCAAAGCCGUGGGGCCGUUUCACCAGGGGUGGCUGGAGGCUCAGGAGCUCCUGGCAGGCAGGCUAUGCCCCAGCGCCUGGCCAACGCCCUCCACACGGUACCCCCCGGGCUCUGCAGGAAGCACGCAGGAACCCUCCCAGUCCACCCUGGGGCCCGGCGUAGCACUGGAGCUGCUGAAAGGUAUCCCAGCAACAACGAUGGGGCCCUCUGAAGUGCUCAAGGGCGACACCUCUCCAUCCCUGCUAAUGCGCUUAACCCCUGCGGAGUACUGGAGCUUAAGGCAGCUCCUCUCUGGCUCAUAUUAGGGACCUGACAGGACUCCUGCCAGUGACCCAAGGGGCCCCUGUUCCGGAAGCCGCAAGUGAACAUUCCAGAACUGCGGCCAGCACAAAAGGGGCAACAUUUAACCCGGGUCCAAUCGCAGUCCUUCACGUUAUUCACAGAAGGUUCAUGGGUUCGAAUCCUGGCAGGGGGCCUUUCUGUGUGGAGUUUGCAAGUUCUCUCCUCCUCCCCUUGGGUUUUCUCUGGAUACUCUGGUUUCCUCUCAAAAACCAAAGACAUGCAGGUUCGGCGACUUCAGAGGGCAUUAACUGGGCAUUGCUGUGAAUGUAUAUAUUAUGUGCAUUCUCAAAUUUAAGACAAGAGGCUUAAAGCCUCUGGGUAAUGUAAAUUAGUUUUCUCUUGUUUUCCUUUUUUAUUAGCUAAGGCUAGCCAAUUUUUAAAAAACCACCUUACAUUACUGUAUGAUGUAGACAUAUUUAUGUUUCUUAUUUUAUGAAAAAUUGUUCCUUUGUAAAAUAUAUGAGAAUAUAAAGGAAUUAUCUUUCAAGGUUUUGACAUCUAUGGCAAGAGAUUUUGUGUGUUAUAAAGUAGUCAAAGCCUUAUUUGCUCCAUAUUAAUCUUGUGAAUGAAAUUAAUAGUGUCACCAAUUGUAAAAAGUAAUGGAACAAUAUAGAAUAUACAUGGGACAAUGUUGUAUAUAUACUGUAUAUGUAGCAAGAAAUUAUUUUCUGUUGUAGUCUGCAUUGUUUAUGCAUUGAUAAUCUAAUCAAUGAAUGUACAUAAAUGGAAAUAGUGUGGAAAUAGUAUCCACAAUCCUGUGAAAUGUGAGGAUAAGAAGUUGGAUGUACAAAGAUCCAACUGAUUGUUGUACUGUGUGAGUCAACUUUGUUUUCAUAGCAACCUCAUUACAAACAUACUCAUCUCAUAAACCCUUUGGCUUUAUGUCAAGACGUUCUGACAUAACACAGACAUCUACACAUACAUCAUGUCUUUACCUAUUCUUCUAGUCCUGUUAACAUUCGAAGCAAGCAAACUUCUAACAAAACAAAAGCUGUGAUAUGUAUUAUGAAACAAAGCUGUGAGCUUUAUGCUGUCAUGUUUUCCUGUUGUGUAUGCAUAUUGUUAUAUAUUUUUUUUUUACAAUACUCUGUAAAUAUCUGCCUUUGAAGUGUUUGUAAUA